GUACUGAAAAUCUAUAGUUCAUGUUACGUAUAUUACAGAAUUUCAGUAUUGGCAGUGAAUUUCGGAACGCAGCCCAUGUCUACGAUUUUGCAUAUGUCAGAAACUUGUGGAUACUCGCGAUGAAAAGGGCUUGUGAGAGUUAGGCGGUAAUUUUGAAUGUGCAAAAAUGAUAAAUCAUAUUUGCGACUUGAAUCUAUCGCGUAUUAUCACUGCGUUUGUUUUGUUUGUGAAAUAUUUGCACAUUUCUGCGGCAGUAGAAGCUGAAGUUGAACUGGAUGUGAAAGGCAACGGAUUUCAUAGGACGUUAAUAUAUCAUGUGACUUUUAAAAAUCUCCUAAACGACAACUGUCUAGCCGCGAUAUACCAGGAAUUACCUUCGACUUUGUAUGUCAAUACGGAUGAAAUAGCAGAAUUGAGGAGACAAAAGAUGAGUACAGUAUGUUUCACGGGUGAAACCAACACUGAGUUAUUUGCGGAGAAGUCAGAACAACAGAAUGUGACAGCAUGUGGACCAGUGAUUUCAUUGUCUACUAUCACCUUGACAAUCCCUGUCCAUCAGCGUUAUCAAUAUGCUCAAGAAUCCGGUGGCUAUGUCAAUGUGACUUUACCAAUGCCGGGACUGCUACUGGGGUGUCAAGAGAGGCUCAAGAACCACAGAGUAUCCAAGAUAAAUCUAUGUGAGCCAUGCAUUGAUUUGGCAGCAAAAUGGAGGGAAAUUUCAUACACUGUGUGGGACAACUACACAUGGUCAAUGCCAGUUGGCAACUUGUCUCUCUUGACACUAGUCAGCUAUGUGACUCUGAUAAUUACUGUUCUUAGCGCAGUACUCAUCGCGUACUCCAUUCGUGUCAACGCAUUGAGAAAUCAUCGAAAGGAAGACUGAAUUAACAUUUAAGUCAGCAAGGAGCUCUUAUUAAAAUCCCUGCUUCACUGGAAAUUUUGUAUCUAUAGGUAUUUCAAUGCAACUAGUUUAAAUCACUUCUAAAUAAACAUCUCUCAUUUAAUCCUCUACUGCUCACUGUGACUCUGAAGUCACAAUUCAGUUUCAUCAUUAUUUAUCUUUAGUAUGAAUGUUCUUGUUUUGACCGAUUUUGAUGUGAAAAUCACAAUCUUUUUUUAGUAUGUUAGCAGCAAUAGUAACUGCCCAAUGUGAUCUCAGAGUCACAAACCUAUUGUGGGAAAAUAAAAAAUUAAAAAAAAAUUUCACUUUUUAUAUAUGUUGAGUACUUAAUCUAUGUUGGGUACUUAAUAUCUUAUUUAUAUAAAUGUAAUAUAUGUUGAGUACUUAAUAUCUUAUUUAUAUAAAAAAAAUUUUAAACAUAAAAAAUUAAUUUGAGCAGUAGAGAGUUGUCUUCUUCUUUUUCAAAUUAUGACUUGUAAAUUAUUCCUUUAGUCAGUCAUACUCCAGAAAUGCUUUGAUCAAAAGACUAAGCAAAAGAUUAAGUCCAUCUCCGAAUUUAAAACUAUAUACCUAUUUUUAUAUACCUUUAAAGCUCCUGGUUCGCGGAACUCUCAAUUGAUUACGUCAGAAGCGACAAAAUACACGAUAAAAAUUUCUGAUAAAUACAUUGAAAUAAAAAGAUAUACCCCUAAAAUGGCACUGAUGUCAUAAAUCAAAAUGGCGAGAAGUCAGAAGCUUCAAAUAUAACAAUUUUCGUGGAGCCGAAUUAAAUGUCGUGUAGGCUGUUAAGAGAAUAAGUAAAUUUCUUUUAAUUAGAUCGUCAGAUUAUAUAUCAAACUUAAUUUUAACUUAAUUCUACGCUAUAUAUAUAUAUAUAUAUAUAUAUAUAUAUAU